AUGACCAUACCCACAUCCAGGGGAAAAAGGACUACUUUUUUCCACCUUAUUAGGUUUUUCAUAUUCUUCUUAACAUGCUUCAAUGGCGGCGAAGCAAAUUGCGGGAGCGGUUGCGGGCUCGCCCUAGCCUCGUACUAUGUCUGGCAGGGCUGUAAUUUGUCCUAUAUCAGCAACAUUUUCGGUCGAGAAAUCCCAGAAAUUGUUCAGUACAAUCCCGGGAUUCACAACUCGGAUAGCAUUAGCAGCGACAUCAGGAUAAACGUGCCGUUCUCCUGCGACUGCAUAAACGGCGAUUUCUUGGGGCACACGUUUGAGUACGAGACCGUCGCCGGCGACACGUAUCGCAAGAUCGCGACGUCGGCGUUUGCUAAUCUGACGGAUGAGUAUUGGCUGAAUCGGGUCAACCGUUUUCGCCCGAACGACAUUCCGGAUAGGGUUCCCAUCAAUGUCACCGUGAAUUGCUCCUGCGGGGAUGGGAGCGUGUCCGAGGAUUAUGGGCUGUUCUUGACGUACCCGCUUCGCCGCGGCCAGAACUUGUCGUCGGUGGCGGAGGAAUGCGGCGUUCCGGCGAAUCUGUUGCGGCGGUUUAACCCCGGGGCGGAUUUUGCUGCCGGGUCGGGGAUUGUCUUUGUGCCGGCUAAAGGUUAG